AUGAAAUAUCUGGCCACUGGUGCUUCUCAGUUGGAUCUUGCAUUUUCAUUCCGAAUCGGCCACUCAACUGUUGGGACAAUUCUCAGAGAAACAAUGUCUGCUCUGUGGAAAGAACUUGUUAAUGAAGUUAUGCCUCCACCCAGUCCCAAAAAAUGGUUGGAGAUAGCGAAGGAAUUUAAUUUUAGAUGGCAGUGUCCAAAUUGCAUUGGGGCUCUUGAUGGGAAGCAUGUGCGAAUAAAAUGCCCUCCAAAUAGUGGCAGUGAAUUCUAUAAUUAUAAGGGUUACUUUUCAAUUGUUCUUUUGGCCGUCUGUGAUGCGCAAUAUAGGUUUGUUAUUGUCGACAUUGGUAAUUCUGGUAGACACAGUGAUGGUGGAGUUUUUUCAAACUCACGAUUGGGAAAAGGAUUUGAUCAAUCCAGCCUCAAUAUUCCUGGCCAACAGACUCUGCCUGGCACUAGUGAAUCCAUCCCAUUAUAUUUUGCUGCAGAUGAUGCUUUCCCGUUGAAAAUUGGAAUUAUGAAGCCUUAUCCUGGUCGUGCACUGGAUAGGAGUUACUUGUAG